AUGGAAGUUGAAGCACAGUUUGUUCAUGAAGAAGGCGAUGAGGAUCUUCAUGAAGAUGUUGAUUUUCUGAAAGAUAUAGAAUUUACUUGGAUCAGUGAUGAUCUCCCUUCGAGCAUUGAACUCAAUCUUGACGAUGAUGAUUUUGGUCCAUUUCCGGGGUUUGACAACAGGUGCUUUAAAAAGGUCAAUGAAGUUGCUCAACCAGCAACCAAGACUGGGGAAGACGUUAAUGCUCUCAAAAAUUUUCUCUCCUCUUCCAAGCCUAUGGAGGGCUCUUCAAGUCAAAGAGAUGUGAUUUCAGAGAUUCCUCCCUAUGAUUCAACUGUCUCUACUUCUCCUCCGCCUUUGAGUGAAUCAACACAGACACAAACCUCCCAGUCUCCUUCGAAAAGAAGUCGAUCAGAUUCAAGACUGGGAGUGCCCUCUAUAAGCCAAGCACCACCAAUCUUAUCCACUUCUACCACCACUACUGUCACUACUACCACUACUACAGUCUCUAUUCCACCACUACAGUCAAAAGAAGGCCCGAGCACAAUAUUUGAAGCAGGUGGUUCAUCCUCUAUUCCAGAGUAUUCUCCUACACGACCCUCGCUGGAUGAAGCCUUGAUUAGAUUGGCCAAGCACCUUGCUCAAAACAAUCCAACUUCUUCCUCCCGAGGUAAAGGCUAUCUUUCGGGGAAGAGCAUUCAGGUGAUGACAAGACUUCAGUGUCAAUACUUCAGGAAGAAAUUGACAAAUCUUGGCUCUAUAAUAGCUUUUUACUUCAGUUUGAAGAAUAUUUUGUAUGAUGCCUUUGGUGAUAAGGUUAAAGCUUUGUUUCAACAGCCGCACGGAAUUGAAGAUCCUCCCGUGGAUCCCACCCAAUAUACUCAUGAUGAUUUUCCAGUUGAUCCACCUCCUCCAAGAACAACUACCAUUGUUGAUCGGUUUGAUAAAGAACCUGAAAACAGCUGA